AUGCCUUCCGCCCUCCCGAGAAGGCGCAGCGGUAUCACAAAGCUCACCAACUGCCACAUCAUCAAAGACAAUCAUUUGCUUCAAGAAGACGUGUGGUUCAGCUCCCUCUCCGGCAAGGUGCUGCAGAGUCAAGAGAUUUUCUACGAACAACAGCUCGUGCCUGACCGCACCGUCGACCUCGGCGGCCGCAUCGUGUCGCCUGGUUUCAUCGAUGUACAACUCAAUGGCGGCGUUGGAUUUGAUUUCUCGGUGCUCCCGGAUGACAUUUCCCUCUACGUUAAAGGCGUACUACGCGUAAACAAAAGCCUCAUCGAGACUGGCGUCACGUCCUAUCUCCCUACUCUGACAAGCCAACGGAGCGACGUCUACCGAAAUGUGUUGCCGUACCUCGGCCCCUCCGGUUCCAGAAGAAACGCCUCUGAUGGCGCAGAGUCUCUCGGUGCGCACUGCGAAGGGCCUUUCAUGAGCCCUAGCAAGAACGGCAUACAUGAUCCAUCUGUCCUUAGAACAGCGCCAAACGGCAUCGUAGAUCUCGAAGAAUGUUACGGUUCCGAGAACAUGCAAAGCCACAACAGUCCCAUCAAGCUCAUGACGCUGGCGCCCGAGCUACCAGGAACACUGGCCUGCAUCCCCCAGCUCAAAGCGCGUGGGAUAGACGUUUCAAUCGGCCACUCCGAAGCGACGUUCGAAGAAGCUGGCGCAGCCAUCGACGCAGGUGCAGUAAUGAUCACGCACCUCUUCAACGCGAUGCGGCCGCUACACCACCGCAACCCGGGCAUCUUCGGCCUGCUCGGCACCUCGGCGCCGCAGAAGCCCUUCUUCGGCCUCAUUGCCGACGGCAUCCACCUGCACCCGACAACUGUCAAGAUCGCGUGGCACGCACAUCCAGAUGGUAUGGUUCUGGUGACGGAUGCGAUGGCGCUCGCGGGCCUCGCCGACGGUGUCUACGACUGGACUAAUGGGUCGCGCAUCAUCAAGCGCGGCUCGGUACUCAAGCAGCAAGAGACGGACAGAAUCGCCGGUAGCGCCGUCCAACUCAUCGAGUGCGUCAACAACUUUCUCAACUGGACCGGCGCAAGUGUUCCCAAUGCCAUAAAGGCGGUGACCGCCACACCCGCGCGCAUGUUGGGAUUGGAGGGUGUCAAAGGCUCGUUGGAGCCGGGCGCUGAUGCCGACCUGAUUGUGCUGGAUGAGGUGGUCAAUGUCGCUGGCGAGAGGAAGCUGAGUGUCGACCAGGUGUGGAAGUUUGGCCAAUGUGUGUUCGACGUGGAGCAAAUGGCUUAGAGCGAGGCGUGUUUGUCUAGACGUGGAUAAGAUUGGACUAAUUCUCGCAGGUUGGAACUCAAAUUUGACUGGCUUAUCAGAGAAGGAUGCCGUGAAUACUUAUAGAUUGCGUAUAGUUAUUUUGAAAGACCACUAGAUACUCUGGUUGUUUGUAUGUAGGUACUAUGGCAAAAACAGCCACGGAGU